AUGAUAGAGAGUAGUAGAAAGACACAAAAACCGGAAGAUAGUCAAUCAGAACAACAUUUAAUCAGUGAUUCUCAAGAAAACUGGCCAACAUUGAAGAAUAAAAUACAUUUGAUGAACAAGUUAAAACCCUUUUUUACACCAAGAGAUAGUGAUCGUACAGAAUAUUAUAAUCGUGUUCGUUAUAUUCGUGAUUCAUGUAAAGUAUUAUCAGAUUUAUGGAAAACAGAAAAAGAUUUUUUAAGUAAAGGUAUUGAUUGUGAUGUAUCAAAAGCAUUUAAAGAUUUUAAAAAUAGUGAAGUUGGUCGUAGUUAUCGAUCAUCCUAUGGUGAUGGUACAAGUACACUUAAUCGUCCAUCAAUUUUAAAUUCAUCAAUCGAUGAUAUAACUCUUAUACACGAUCAAAUUGACUAUAAACGAAAAGAAUGGUAUGAUAAAUUGAAACGAAUUACAGAUCAAAGUAAAGAAAAACAAGCAACUAUUCGACAAACAAUGAACGAUCUAAGAGAAAAUUAUGAAAAAGCACAAAAAAAAUUAGAAACAGCUGAUAGCAAUUUAAAAAGAUUUCAAACGCGUGAUCGUCUACCACAGUCAAAUUUUGAUGAUAAACAACGUGAAUUAGAAGAUUCUCGACUCGAAUGUGAAAAUGCUCGACAAUUAGCGCGAGAUCAAUAUCAAACUGAAACAUAUCGUAUUGCAUCUGAAGAAAAUGAUAUUAGUCAAUUCUAUUUUUAUGAAUAUUUAAAAUUACAACAAGACUAUUUUAAUUCUGUAUCAUCAUAUUUAAAUCAAGAAGUUCCACUUAUUUUACAAAGAAUUCAUCAAGAUGAAUUACAGCCAAUGUUCAAACGUGAUUUAAAAGAUCAUUUACAACGAACAAAACGACAAAUUGCUUAUGUUAUUGAAACAUGUGUAAGACUAUUAAAUUCAGAUAAAUAUUUAAGAGAAGAGGGUUUAUUUCGUAUUGCUGCCAGUCAAAUUAAAUUAAGAAAAUUUUGCUCAGAAUUAGAUACAUACGCCAUUACUGACAAGCAUACAUUAACUGAUUUAGGCUAUGAUGCUCAUGUAGCAGCUGGAACAUUAAAACAAUAUCUUCGAGAUUUACCUGAUUGUCUAAUGACAUCAAAAUUAUUACAACAAUGGAAUGAUGCUGCCUCAGCUAAUGUUACUGAUGCUCAACGUUUACAACGUAUUAAAGAUGUCCUUGGUCAACUACCAAAACCAAAUUAUGAUAAUUUAUGUUAUUUGGUUCAAUUUUUAUCCAAAGUCGAAGAAUAUUCAAGUGAAAAUAAAAUGACCGCAUCAAAUUUGGCCAUAUGUAUUGGAUGUAAUCUUCUUUAUCCUUCCACAUCUCGACAUUCCACAUCUUCAAUAAAUUCUCUAUCUUCUGCUACACAACAACAACAACAACAACAACUACCUGUAAAUUAUGUAACAAGUGGAACGAUAUUAGAAUUAAUGAUUUUACAUCUCGAUCAACUAUUUCCCUCCGAUAUUGUAUUUCAAUCCACUGAACCAUCUUCUGUCAACACUUCGUCAUCAGCUACGAAUCAUUAUGCUAAUAUACCUAAUAUACCUAAUAUGGCUAGUGGAUAUCCUACGAAUGAUCAGCAAUCGUCUGCAACAUAUCGUGAAUCUUAUCGUCAGCAACCGCCCGAUAUUGUACCAACUGGACAUGGUGAUCAACAGUUUACAAAUAAUAAUAAUUUUAGAAGUUCAUCAAAAGAAGAUCUCUUAGAGUAUUCACAAUAUCCACAUACUAGUGGCUCUACACAAUCGCCUAGUACACGACGAAAGAAACCAGCUCCAGCUCCACCUCCGGUUCAAACAACCGGUCAACCUCCAGCGUCGAACAUUUAUGAUAAGACACAUCGUCGUUCAGCCAGUGGAAGUUUGCUUGAUCGACCUCAAGCGCCACCUCCCGCUCCACCACCUGUAAUCACUCCGCUGACUCAACUACUCAGAUCUACGACUAAAACUUCCUCAAAUGAAUUAUCCUUUCCUCCGUCUGUUUCCGUCUUACAUCGUCAUUCCGUCAAUCAACCAACAACUUCAGUAGAUCAAGAGCUUACACCUACACCGGCACCUCGUCACUUUAGUCAUGAUUUUUCCACAACUUCAACAGUACAAUAUCCAAAUUUAUCGACGCUAGAAACGGUACCAGACAAAGUUUUACCUUAUCCUACAAUUGGACUGAUGCCACAAGGACCAAUCACCGAACAGUUACCACAUACCCAACGUUUACAAGGAUCAUCACCAUUUUCAGCAUCAUCAAAUUUUUCAUCGUCAUCUUCAACAACAUCGGAUAGUUCAGCCGAUAAUUCACGUUGUGACGAGCCAACAACUGAAUCACAAAUUGCUCCUGUCAGUGUAUUACCUCCACUUCCCGCGAAUGUAGUGCCAGCUACAACAACAUCAUCAGUUAAUGUUAGUAAAUUAAUAUCACAAUUGAAUAAUCGAGCUAGUACCAAACAAAGUCCAAUUAUCAGCCCACGUCCUACUCGUCCACCUCGUCCUCAAACCGUUGGUCAAUAUUCAGAUUUAUCGACAGGUGAUGCUCAUCCACCUCAACAACAACCACUUGAAACAUUAUCAUCACCAAAACAAGCAGAAAUAACUGAAUUUUAA